AUGGCAUCAGUAGCAGCAACAGCACGCUCCCAGAGCUUGUCCCACUUCAGACGCAUUCUCAAGGAAUUGCACCUUCAAUACACUCACCCCAACGAGCUCCGUACUGGCACGGGCCUCCUCGGUAUCAACGUCCACUCCAACAAGGUCUGGACUGACGCUCUCAAGGAUUCCUUCCGCAAGAACGCCAACGAAUCCGACCCUGUAAAGUUGCAGAAGCUUCAGACUGAUGGCGAAGAUCUCGCCGUUUACCUCGAGAGCCAACGUCUCCACAAGGAAUUGGUGGAGAGAUACAACCCCGCGUUCUGGGACGAAGAGAAGGGCAUGCAGGUCGACAAGACCGCAAAGAUGGUCGGCUUCGAGAUGCCCUCGGAAUACGACGUGUCUCAAAAGGACGAGGAACUCGUCGCAGCCCCCCGAUUCUCUUACAAGGAUAUCAAGUUAAACGCAACAGUAGGAGCAGGAGCAGAGGCAAAUGAGACUGUAACAGAACCCUACAAGGAGCUGGAGAAACCCGAGGAACCCAAGAAGCGUACAUACAUGAUCCCCAAGGCCUUUGGAUUUGCCGAGCAGGCCGAGGAUGAUCUCGGACGCGCUGGAGAUCGCAAGAUCAAAGAGUAG